CAGGUGAGGAGAGUUUUAGUGAGGUGCUGGAGAGCACAAAGAGUGGGACAGAGGGUGAGAGAGGCAGGUAGAAGGCUGGAGAAUAAGAAGUUGAAGAGGAGUAGAAAACUUCUGUGUGAAGUAGCUGCUGCACUGUCUUGGAGAUGGUAGAAAUUGUGAAGAUUUGAAAGUUUGUUCCAGCCAGCACUUCUGCCUGAUAAAGGAUUAUGGAACAAUUUCAGCCUUCAGGAGCACCCCUCUGUGGUUGCAGUCCAGCUACAGGAGAAGAAUUUUGAGUGACCUCACACAGUGUUAGAGUGAAAGAAAAUAAUUCCUCUUCAGUGAUGGAAAAAGAGAAAUGAGGAGUUUUUGUGAGUCAAUGCUAAUCCUGAUGCCAUAUUUCAGUUGGUCAAAGCACAAAUAAUUGAAGAAUUACAGCCUGUGUCAGCAGGAAACAGAAGAACAACACUUAAUACUGGUUACAUUUAUAGGGUGAUGUUUAGACCUGAUACUGAGUUCUAAAUUGAGAUAUUGCACUGCUGGGUACUGAACUGCUGUUGGAUAUCCUGCACUGUUUUAUGAAGAAUUUAUUCAAGUUAGUGACUUCUCCUGAUAACUGAACAUCAAAUAACUACUCCUCCUUCUUCUUAGUGCUCCAUGGAAAAAUACAGUUUACCUCAACACUGAGCUGGAACCGAAGUCCCAGAGGUUACAUUGUAAGAGCUGUGCAGAGAAUUUGGACAGAUAACUCAGCUUCCACACCCAUCUGGAUCAUUCAGCUAAGAACAGGCACAGCCCAGGGUCAUGUUUGACCUGAAUGGAGCAGGUUUGUCUGCAGUCAGGUGUCUGGGACACCAGGACAGCUCCCACACUGCCAGAACUGGAAGGAGCAGGGAAAUUUUCCCCUACUUUGGGAUCAGGUGGGAAAGGUUCUUUGGGGUGACAGAUGAAGCUGUAUUCUCACCUCUGCAAGUGCCUCUUUGCCAGCCAGUCCAAUUGUGGUGGAGGGCUGCUGUGAGCCUGAUUUCCACACAGGAGUUUGCAGAAAUAUGUUUUAUUGCAGUGUGUGGUGUGAACAGUUUCUAGAAGGUCAACAAACCCUAUUGAGCACCCUGGAAUGACAAAGCCAAUUUCCCAGAAAGCCACUGAGCAGGCACACUGGAGUGGGAAGAGGGGAAGAAUAGCACAGGAAAAGGGUGGAAAAACCAGAGAAGGGAACUUAGCAUUUAUUCUGAGAGAAAGCUACAGAAUUGUAAUUGCAUUUUAUCACCAUUCAAAGUGUGUUACACAUCUCCAUUUGUGAGCGUUGCUCUCUGGACCUGGAACUAUAAUGAGACUUUCCUGAGGAGGAGGAGAAGGGCUGAAGGCACCCAUCAGCCAUGGCACACUUAGGGAGGGUGCCCUUCUCACACAGUGGAUUCUGUGCAGGACAGCCUGGGCCCCAAGCAUCUCACCCAGAGUGCCAUUCUGGCUCUGAUGGAGACAUCCCUCUGGGAUUUGAUCGAAUAGUUGAUGAAGUCAGCCACGAAUUUUUUUUUUAUGGUUCAUCCCAUCCACAUCAUCAUGAAGAAAUAUUUUUCCCAGCAGAACUUUUCAGUCAGAAUGUGCCUGACCAGCAUUUUUACAGUCCUCCUCUGGUUGCUCGUGGAGAGCUUUACCCUGGAACUGCAGUCCCUCACUGGCAGCAAGGCACAGUGGCACCAAUGGUUGGCUUCAGACCUUCCUUACUGCCUGACUGCAGAAACUUCUUUGUGGUGGAUUCCCACCCCUACAGUCAUGAGAGAGAACUCCAUGGAAGGAAUAGUGUAAAUUCAGUUUCUGAUGUGGAAAGGGGCAACACAAAUCUGCAGUUUCAGAUAGGCUUUGACAAUCUGGAUGGUCCAAGUCCUGUUUUCUUAGACAAUUAUCAAUUUGGACAAAAAGUGAGAGAAGAAAGUGGAAAUGGGGAAGCUUCUGUAACCAACAUUUCCAGAAGAUGCGGCACAGGACCUACCCAACCCCAGGGCUCUGGACACAACAGAGAGGCUGCACCUUGGUCUAUCCAGCUGAUUGAAGCAGAUCAAGGAAGUAAUGAAAACACAGCUGGUUUCUGCAAUGCAGUGGAGAAAAUCAGAAAUGCCUAUUCUGCUUUGAAUUUGAAGACAAAUACUGGGAAAAUCUGGAGUAUCACAACAAGGUUCCCAGAGCAUAUCCUUGGUGGAACAAAAUUCAGAUUCAGCAUUUGGACAGAUUUUUCACCACAUCCUUUACUUCUUACACAACAUGCUGGCUGUAUCACUCACGACUUAAUUGUGGAGAUCCUCAGGUGCACAAAUCAAUACCCAGCCCGGGAGGAAUGCCUUCUGAGUGUUUGUGGGGCUGAUGAAUUCUUACAAAACAACUGUACUUUGGGAAGCCACGAAAGUCUCCGCAAGGCAAGCACCUGCAUUCAGCUCCGCCUGCACCAUGCUGCUCAUCUGGAGCACAGCUUGGCUAGGACAUGUGAGGAUGACCAAAGAAGGUUCAGUGUGAAUGAGCUGUUAGAAGACACUUGUGCCUGGAGACUGAUCUGGCAGAACCUUGUCUCUGUUAUUAUCAACUACGGAGGUCAAGUGGAGUAUCUGCUGCAAAAUGAGAAUAAUAUUGAUAAUGUGAUUGAGGCAGCUAAAGCCAUCUGCAGUGUCCUGUGUUCUGUGGAAACCAGAGACAUCACUGAUGCAGUUUGGAAACUCCAUGCUUUGGGGAGAGCACAGAAUUCUCUUCAAAGUGUGGAAACGCCAGGCAAAGUGUUACUAGAGGCUGCUGUGACUGAGCUCUCCAUGGCCAUCUCUCGUCUCAUCCAUGCCUACAGCAGCAGCUUUGAUGCCAAUUUCCAGCUUGCAAGCAUCCCUAGGAGCCCUUUAUGUGCAGACAUGAGCCUGAAUUCCCAGCUGAGCUUCACUGUUUGUGCUGCCCACAACAUCCCAGAAGCCUGGGUGACCAGCUACAAAGUUUUCUCUUUUUCCUGUUUACUGACUUAUGCUGGGAGGACAAUAUGUCAAGUGAAGAUUUGCAAAAAUACUCCAGUUAAAAGAUCCUUCUUUUUCCUGGCUGACUGGAAUGAGAAGGUCAACUUCCCUCUACGAAUAAAGGCUCUUCCAAGGGAAACUAUGCUGACAAUAAAGCUGCUGGGAGUAAACAGUACCUCUAAAAAUACAGAAGUGCUUGCUUGGACAUGCUGCCCAUUGUAUGCAAAAGAGAGGCUGGUCCAUGGAACUGUGCUGCUCAGCCUGGCACCGUGCAGCACAGUCCCCACAGCAAUGAUCACCCCGGGCAUCUGCAGCACUGAGACACCAACCUCAGCCACCCUGCAGAUUGACUUCCCAGAAGCUGAUUUGGAGUUCAUUAAACCUGAACCUGAGGAAAGAAGAGGUGAUCUUGUAGAGCCAACCCAAGAGUGCCUGAAGCACAUUGCAAGACUUUCACAGAGACAUUCUCUCUUGCUACUCUCAGAGCAGCAGAGAAGAAUCUUGUGGUUUUAUCGCUACUCCUGCAAUAACCAGAACUGCUCCCUUCCUCUGGUGCUGGGCAGUGCACCCAGCUGGGACAGAACCACUGUGUCAGAAAUGUAUGCCCUGCUGGGGGCUUGGAGGUUUUCUCACCCUCUGCAGGCUCUUGGGCUGCUGACUUUCAGUUUUCCAGAUCAAGAUAUUCGCAGGGCAGCAGUCCAACAAAUAGAAAAUGUGUCAAAUGAUGAAUUGUUAGAAUACCUCCCACAGCUGGUUCAGGUGCUCAAGUUUGAGUGGAGUCUUGAAAGCCCUCUGGUGAAGCUCCUGCUGAGUCGUUCUCUUCAGAGCAUCCAAGUAGCCCAUCAGCUUUACUGGCUGCUGAAGAAUGCACAGAAUGAAGUUCAUUUCAGAAUGUGGUAUAAGAAACUUCUGGCUGCUCUCCAAUUCUGUGCUGGACAGACCCUGAACAAUGAGUUUUCUAAGGAAGAAAAACUCAUCAGAAUUCUAGAAGACAUUGCUGCAAAAGUGAAAGCUGCCACUGACCCAAAAAGAAAGGAGGUGUUGAAGGAGGAGCUCAGCAGACUGCAGCAGUUCUUCCAGGAGGUGAAGCUCUGCCGGCUGCCCCUGAACCCCGCGCUCGUUGUGCAAGGCAUAGAGACAGAUUCGUGUUCUUAUUUUACAUCCAAUGCCUUUCCCUUAAAAAUCUCCUUCAUCAAUGCGAAUGCUCCAAGUGGAAACAUCAAUGUGAUUUUUAAGAUAGGUGAUGAUCUACGUCAAGAUAUGUUGGUUCUGCAAAUUAUUCACCUGAUGGACAACAUUUGGCUCCAAGAGGGACUGGAUAUGCAAAUGAUCAUUUACAGGUGUUUAUCUACAGGGAAAGGACAAGGGCUGGUGCAGAUGGUGCCAGAUGCUACCACCCUAGCAAAGAUCCACAGGGAGUCUGGGCUGAUAGGACCACUGAAAGAAAACACAAUUAAAAAAUGGUUUCACCAUCACCAUCCUCUGCAAUCAAGUUACCAAGAGGCCAUAAGGAAUUUUUUUUAUUCCUGUGCUGGCUGGUGUGUUGUUACCUUCAUCCUGGGAGUCUGUGAUCGACACAGUGACAACAUCAUGCUGACAAAAGCUGGGCACAUGUUCCACAUAGAUUUUGGAAGAUUUUUGGGUCAUGCACAGAUGUUUGGAAGCAUCAGAAGGGACCGAGCUCCCUUCAUCUUCACAUCAGAGAUGGAGUAUUUCAUAACAGAGGGGGGCAAAAACCCACAGCGUUUCCAGGAGUUUGUGGAGCUUUGUUGUCGAGCUUAUAACAUAGUCAGGAAACACAGCCAGCUGCUCCUGAACCUGCUGGAGAUGAUGCUGCAUGCAGGAUUGCCUGAGCUGAAGAGCAUCCAGGAUGUGAAAUAUGUGUAUGAUAACCUCCGCCCUCAGGACUCAGAUCUCCAGGCUACAAGCUACUUUACAAGGAAAAUAAAGGAAAGUUUGGAGUGCUUUCCUGUUAAACUCAACAACUUGAUCCACACGCUGGUGCAGAUGUCAGUGGGGAGCUCUGCAAAGCCUCCAGCUCCAGAGAGUGUCCCGCAGGAAUGGAUGGUGCUGGACACAGAGAGGUCACUCUCAAGGGCCACCAUUCUGGGAUUCAGCAGAAAGCCUGACCCUAUAUACCUCAUCCAGGUAGUGCAGACCUGCAACGUGGUCACCUUCGUGGAAAAAUCAUUCCACCAGUUCUCAACACUUCACAGCCAUCUCCAGAAGCAAUUCCCAUCUCAUGCCCUCCCAGAGUUUCCCCACUCAUGGCAUUUACCUUUUACGGAUCUUGAACACAAGAGAGUGAAGGAUUUGAACCUCUAUCUGAAGCAGCUAUUAAGUGGCUCCAGGAAAGUGGCUAAUAAUGAGCUUGUACUCAGCUUCUUCCUCAACUGGUCCAAAAAUACCUUGGCAGAACACUCAUCAUCUCUGACCUUAGGUCCUCAGUCAGCUGGUGAGAAGCCUGGAGUACAACUGGUCAUGUCCUAUGAAAACACCUGCCUGACAAUAAUGCUGAAACACAUGAGGAACCUCCACCUCCCAGAUGGCUCUGCCCCAAGUGCACAUGCUGAAUUUUAUCUUCUGCCAGACCCUGGUGAGGUCAGUCGAAGGAAAACCAGGACAGCUCCAAAGGGCUCUGACCCUACUUACAAUGAACUUAUUGUCUAUGACAGAGUCCCGGAGCUCCAAGGCCGUGUCCUGAAGCUUGUGGUGAAAAGCAAAGGAACAUUUGUGGGAGCUGUUAACAUUCAACUGAGCAGUGUCCAGUUCAAUGAAGAAAAGUGGUACCCACUGGGAAACAGUGUAAUUUAAAUGUUCUCCAAGAUAAUUCAAUUAUUUGCCCACUAAUGUUUCUUUAUCCCAUUUCCCAGGGUACAUUUUGUCUCAGUUGCCCUUGAGAAUAGGCAGUCAUCUGCUGAGCACAUAUCCUAACAUUUCUAACCAUUAGCCUCUUGUCUUAAAAGUGCCACAGAUUCCUGCCAGUGUGGGUUUAAGGAAUCACAUCCUAAGGACUUGUAGCAACACGCAGGAAGUUCUUAUGACAGCAAUGAAGGGCCUGGUUUUGUUAAUGUUAAAUAGUACUGUAAAAAUACUGAAUUCUGUACACAUCAGUGUGGGGGCUCAUUCUUUGCCCAUUAAUUCCACUGACUGUGUUGAAACAAUGCUGAUAAUGCUGUAAUUUAUCAUCACUGCAUGUGAUUUCACCAGAAAACCAUGGGAUGGUUUAUAUAUUUCAUAUAUUUCAGAUGUCCAGCAAAUUUCACAUUACAUCUUACCCAAUCAAUACUUUUGUUUUUUAACAACUUUAAAAGUUUUGAUACAAUGUAACAUUUAAUCCAGGAUAUUAAUUUGUCAUUAAUAUAUGUCGUUUCUUUUAUUCUGACAUCCAAGAAGCAGAUAUAACUGGUCAUUGGUGUGAGGAAAGAAAAAGGGAAAAGCUAA